CCUUGCAGUAGACACAGCAGAUUUAUUUUCUCUCCAGUCUUUCCCCACAGGUCAGCGAGCUUUAAGCCAAACUCUUCUCAAUUGUGAUCUGCAUGUAUCUAAUCAAAUGAUGUGGACUUGGACAGACUGUGUCAAUAUCCUGCUCCUCCUUCAAAGAGCAGGCUCUGAGAAGUUUGAGGUUCUUGGUCCGACUCGUGCCAUUGUUGCUGUGGCUGGUGAUGACAUCAUUCUGCCCUGUUACGUCAAACCCAACAUCAGUGCUGAGGACAUGAGAGUUGACUGGUUCAGAGUCAAACUCCCAGACACUCAGUCAAACAUUAGAGUCCAUCUCUACCAAGACGGCAGAGACAAAUACCAUGAUCAGAUCCACUCCUACAGGGGAAGGACAUCGUUGUUUCAAGAGGAACUGAAGAAGGGCAACACCUCUUUGAAACUGACCAGGGUACAAGGCACUGAUGAUGGACAUUAUAAAUGUCUUGUUGAGUCUAAGACACAUUAUGAUGAUUCCACCAUUCAAGUCUACGUCAGAGCUAUAGGAUCCAAGCCAGAGGUUUCCAUUGAGGGACAGAAAGAAGGAGGGAUGGCUCUGCUGUGUGGAACUAAAGGCUGGUUCCCUGAGCCUGAGUUGGAGUGGCUGGACAGUGAAGGGGUCACUCUGUCUGCUGGACCGUCAGAGACAGACAGGGACUAUGAGGGAUUCUACAUAGUCAAACUAAAGACCAUCGUAAAGGAGACUGACAUUAACCGCUUUACCUGUAGACUGAGACAGAGGCAGCAACAUGAGGUGAUUAAGAUGGAGACAGAGUUUCACAUCCCUAGUGAGUAA